AACAACUGCUGAAGUGCGGGUUACCGGGUCCACCAUCUUCGACGCGGUUUCCGGAGCCUUCGACGCUUGUUCUAAUCCGCCGAGCAGCUUCGGCCGACGGCGCGUCGACUAAUCAAGGGAAUCCCCCCCUUGAUUCUCGACUCUGGUCCUUUGUCCUCUCCUGUCACAACGACGGAUUGCAAGACCAGUGCAAUUCCUUCUACCGAUUUCGAGCCUCGAUCGCAUACACCUCCCACUUGAUUGCCCAAAAUGGCGUAAGUUGCAAUCCGCUCGACACUGCUUGCAGCAGUACAUUUGCGAAAAGAGAGUUCCUGGCUGACGAGCGUCAUGCUUUCUUCUACCAGCUUUUUCAAGGACAUCUGGCAUACUAUGACCAGUUAUGAUCGACAUGCCGGAAUCGACUCUCCUUACGGAACCAGACGUCAUGUCCCAUUGAACCGGAACUCCGGUCUUGCGGGCGUUACUACUGCCUCCGAUUCGCGCGCCGACAUCAACUCACCCUAUCUCCAAGGAGAUGGCCGUGGUUCUACCAUGAGCUUCGACACAUCGUACGGCGGACGCGCCAUAUCCCCCAUGCCGAGUCCCGCCAACGGUGGCCCCUAUUCGCCCGGGUUAGUGAGCCAACGACAAUCCAUCCACCAGGAUGCCUUCGACGUGCACAGUCCGACCGGCGAGAUUCCCAUGCAGAACUUCCAGAAUGGCGGCCCGCCUCCUCCACCAGUUGCCAGCUCCUGGGAAAAGAUUGACAGAUGGGCCGAGGACAACUAUCCCGAGUUGUUCGACCAACUUGGCGAGGGCUGCACCGUCAACGAUCUGAAUGAACUCGAAUACCAGCUCGAUUGCACGCUUCCCCAAGAUCUCAGGCAAUCACUGCAAAUCCACGACGGUCAGGAGCGCGGUGGUCUUCCCACCGGCAUUAUCUUCGGGGCCAUGUUGCUCGACUGCGAGGAGAUGGUUCAGGAGUGGGAUAACUGGAAGACGGUGAACCAGGAGUUUAUGCUGGAUCCUGUGCUCGUCAAGCGACAAUCUCAAGCAUUUGCCGCUCAGGCCUCAUCGUCAAAGGAUGCCCCUAACCGCAAUCAAAACUGGCGACAAGAGCUUCUCAACAAGCAGGACUCCGUCCCCCCACUCGCGAUUCAGAAGGCUUAUGCCCACCCUGCCUGGAUUCCCCUCGUCCGUGACUGGGGCGGCAACAACUUGGCUGUCGAUUUGGCACCUGGACCAAGGGGCCACUGGGGUCAGGUCAUCCUCUUCGGUCGCGACUACGACAUAAAGUAUGUUGUGGCUCGCUCGUGGGCGCACUUCCUUGCCAUGGUUGCGGAUGAUCUCAGCAGUGGGAAAUGGUUCGUCGAUGAGGACACCAACGAGCUCAAGCUGCGUGAGUUUAAGGCGACCCGUGUUGAGCCGGGUUAUUUCGAGAUUUUGAGGUGGAGGAUGGAUCAGAAGUAUGGCCGCACAGCCAACAAGCGCAAGUCCAUGGCGCCUUCCAUGGCUUCGGCUUCCGGCAUGCGCUCUCCCCCUACGCCCGGCUCUCCUUACCAAAGCCAAAGCCCAACAGACCACAACGAGCCUCGUGGCCGGUCGCUACACCGUCUCACCGGCACUUCGCCAAUGGCGAGUCCCAUCCGGCCAGGUUAUGGAAAGCCAAGCCCAUUGGCGCGCGUUGCUGAGGAAGCACCCCCCACAACUUCUCUUACGGCCAGCAAUGCUUCCACUGAGGCCAAGGCCGACAACUUGAUGGACUUAAACACCCCAAGGACAAGCGGAGAGCACAGCAGGGAGGAUAUCAAGGUUGAUGGCGAGGAGGAUGCUCCCGCGAAGGAAAGGACAAACGAGGAUAAGGAGAAGAAGCCCGAAACCGAGGCGAACGGAAAGGCGACAGAGUCCAAGGACAAGCAACCGACAGUUGAAGAUCUCGGCGAGGACAUGAAGGAUAUCGAGAUUUAAAAAGGGACAAAUCGAAGCAACCCAACGGACUCGUCGGCUUUUGACGCCUCCUGGAGACACAUAGAUGUCCUUUCUUGGCCGAAAAAAAGGGCCAUCGCAUGAUGAAGGGGCAGGUCACGAAUCAUUCUCUUCCGAUUACUUCUUCCUCGCCAACAUAUGAUUAGUCUCUAAUUGUCUAAUCGGGUUCUUUCAUGGUGCAUGGGUUCUCCCGCAUUUAUCUCUCUUUUGCUUGGCGAAGGAGAGGGAUAGUCGAGGGAGGAUCUCAUUGCGCCGCUGGAGUUUGAGUAUUG